AUGGAAAGCCUUUUGCGUCGACUUCAGACUGUGGCCGAUGUGAACGACGAUGACAUUGAUUCAUUGGGCGUACUGGAGGAGGAGGAGGAGGAGUUGCACAACAUGCCAACGGACAGGGGUGAACUUCAGCGCCGUCUUCGACACGCCUUGUCUCGCGUCCGGAGAGCCUCGGAGAGGUGGGAAGCACUUCAAAGUGAAAGCUGCAAAAUUGAGUUUGAGCUGGCCGCUUUGCGACAGCGGUUCAUAACGUCACGGAAAACUUGGCUUCUGGUGCAUCAAUUUGACCGGAAAACAAUUGAGGUACUUUUAAAGGAGCGGUUUAACGCAGAGAGCAAAGGCCAAUCCGUGACGUUAGACGGCAAUGGGAAUAGGCGUAACGUCAAACAUGGGACCGACAGCCUCAGUCAUGAUAUAACGUACCUGAGCUCCCUACAGGAACAGACCGCAACGCUGAAGGAACUUCUUUGCAAGUACGCGGAGGAGCGAGAUAAGUAUAAGCUAGAGGCACAGAAGCUGCGGGCUUCACAAGGCACUCAAGGCACAUUGAGUGAAGGUGGGCCAAUUGCCGCUUUGGGCAAGAACUCGGAGAAUUCCCCGUUCAAAGAGGAUUCUACUCUGCAGGAUUACGUGGAGCAGCUUGAGGUGGAGUUGCGUCGCCAAUCGGAGGCGAUGUCCGAAAUGGAGCUGCAGCGUCGUGUCCAUGGGGUUGCAUGGGAGGACACAAGGGGUGAGAGGGAAGCGCAGCUUCAGCCGACACGAAAGAUGGAACGAGAGCUUGUGGCCUCGCAAAAAGGAGAGGAUGCAGGUAACGGCGGCGCGUUGUCGAGCUUUUUAGAUUCUACCGAGUUUGUAAAGAUCAAUACGAUGGAAUCGUCGUGUGAAUCGACCGCGCCGGUCGCAAUGAAGAGAAGGGAUGGAGACGUGAAAGUUAAUUUAAGUUUGGAUCCAACAUCCAACGCUGUCGAAGAACUCCUCAAGCGGCUGGAGGAGUCCCGGGCCGAGAGUAAUGCACGUGAGGAAGCAUUGAAUGCGCUGUAUGAGGAUGUACAUUUUCUUCGCGAGCGCAAUACCCAAUUGGAGCAACAGCUUGCAGACGUGGACGCGCAGUUGGAACAGUUGCGGCUAGAUAUGAUGAUGACGCAAGAUGAGUGCCGCUUGGAAAAGGGUCGUAACAGAGAGUUGAUGGAACAACUGGAGUGUAUGCAGCAGCAGCUACAAAGACAGGGAAGAGAGCUGGUGAGCGCCAAUGAAGAGAAGAGGAGACUGCGCUUGCAAGCAAGUUUUCCCUCAUCUUGUGGUGAAGUGCAUCGUGCCUUUUUGAAUAUGAACUCAUUGCCGAACGUUACGGCCCACGGUUCCGCGGAAAGUGUGAGUGGUUGCGGUAGAGGCAAUGUGCGUAAUGGGAAGCAAAUUGUUGAUGGUGUUGUUCCGUCAAUGCACCACGACGUUGGAAGGACUCCGUGGGGCGGCGUCAAGUCUGGCGGCUGGUUGGAUCAAAACCGCACAUUUCGAGGUUUCAUGUUUUUGAUUGGACGGCGGCGGCGUCUAAUCAUAGGCCUUUUUGUGUCCUUAUUUAUAGCCAUGGCGCUGAUCAUGCAAGCAAGACUUGGGGCGCCGGUUCCCGAUGUUGUUUUGUCGCAACUGCAGUCUGAUCUUCGUGCAUGUCAAACACAACUGAGGCUGAGAGAUAUGACGAAAUGA